UGCGCCAAUUUAUUAAGAACAUGUUGAGAGGGAAGCAGCCUACUAACUACUGUGAGGGACUGAAAGUAGUUGAUAGGCGACGCUCGACAAGCGCUCCUUAAAAGUGCUUGCGGUGCUGUUGGCAUUGUCAUUCAUUAGCAUGCCAUGUUCAUGGGAUUGGGGUAUCAACACGCUGGCUGUCGCAGCCUAUGGCGGGGCAUUUUGGUGGGCGAUUCGUUGCACAGUGCGCGACGCUGCGGCGAGUAAGAGACGCCCCAGCGCUGUUAACUCAAGGCUAUAUGUUGCCCGUCGCAUACAACUGCACAAUGCGCGGGGCCUGCGCGCAGCGCAGCUUUGCGCCGGUAUCCUGUAUGCAGCCGUCAUGUCAUAUGUGUACCUCAUCCUGAGCCCCGGGAGCCUCACGUCAUCGCACGUGUUUGGCCUACUGUUAUCAUACCUACAUGUCGCCACGACAUGCUGGUGCACGACCAUAGCGCUGGUUCCCUACUUCGAAAAGGUGCUUCUGGAGUUCAACCCUGUGGCAUCCGUGGCUUUGGUGGGCAGCCUGGCCCUGUUCAUCAACUUCAGCGGCUCAAGCGGGCUCGCAGUUCAGCACAGCUUCUUCGGCAAAAUCCUCGCCUACGAUGUGCUGUGGCUGCUGGAAGACUGUCCGCUGCAGGUGUUCCUUCCCACGCAGCUCACCGCUGUGCUGAUACACCUCAGUGCACAUGCCUGCUCGGGUGCCCAGCUGCACGUUUGGAGCACCCUGCUGGCCUACGCGGGCCUAGGUGUGGUGCUGCCGGUGGUGGUGUCGGGCUUGCUGCUGCCCAGCACCUCCCAUGCAACGCUCCCCAGCGGCCUACACACCGGCCUCUCCGCCGCCGUGGUUGGCUACCUCCUGAUGGAUCAGCUGCUGCGCGCCCCGCCGCUAGUAGAGCCGCUGCAGCAGGCGGCAGCUGCAGCAACGGAGGCGGUGCUGGCAGCAGCUGCAGCCUCCGGAGGCGGAGCAGCGGCAGCAGCAGCGGCCUUGGGUUUGG